AUGGCUGGUUCAAUCGCUGACAACGCUACAUUAUACAACGAGAAGAAGGCUUUCGCAUACGUUCCUCCAUCACCACCGGCUGACCUCAUCGAAGCUACAAGCUACACGUUGGACUUCACGGCGAGAAAAUUUAUACUUGUCGGUAUCGAUCCGACAGAACAACUUCAAACAGUUGUACUCUUAUUAACAUCAUCACGUUAUGUGAAAAUAAGUACAGAUUUUCUAAGACGGAUAUUCUCACUUAUGGGUAACAUACUAUCAUUUAUAUUAGACACGCCGCAAAAGUAUAAGCGAACCACAUUUCUCGAAACCGAUGCUUAUAAAAUAUCAAGUAUGGUGUAUAACGGUUCAAACGUUCUGGUAAUUGAAUCCAAGACUGAAGAUGGAUGUAGAGUUUUAUUAAGUCGUUCAGAUUUAAUAAAACUCCAGGAAAUAGAAUGGUGUAUUACUGCUAGUAUUAAUGAAAAAGAAGAAAAAAUAAAACCAGCAAUUAUUAAGCAAAUUAGUGAUUAUUGCGAGUAUUUGAUGGAAAAAUGCUUGCAAUCGGAUUCACCGCCUAACAAUUUGAGGGAAAUGGAAAUUUUCAUUCGGAACGUUGAAGUCAGACAGAGUAAGAAGACACCUAACCUCGGUCAAAUUAAAAUGUUUGCGACUAAACAAUUGGCCGAACUUUUUAUGGCUCAUCGAAAAGUACAAAACUCAGAAGUGUUACAGUACGAGUAUUCACAGAUAUCGCCAAACUAUUCUCCAGGCAAUAAUAUAGCUAAAUCUAUCGGUGAACGCGAUGGAUCUAUCAACAGUCUACCGCCACAUACAUCCGAUGAAUAUGAGUUAGAUGCACAAUACCCUCCAUGGCAUCACAACCCAGAUCUAUACCUACGCCAACAAGCUUUAGUAGUUGAUGAGAAUGAUGGUCCAACGUCAUUCUCGAUUCAAUCACCACCAGCAUCACCAUCUUUUUUUGACAAGCCCUCUGCAGAUAUAUCAAGUAAGCGGAACGCUCAACACCUCACAUCAUUACACAGAGUAAAACGUAAGGUUAUAUAA